AUGGGAACUUCUCAGAGUCGGGAAGAUCAGAUCACCGAUUCGGAUACUGAUUCCGAGUCCGAGUACUAUGAAGACAAAGACGAGGAUCAGUCCGAUGACGAAGAUGUCUCGAAGAAGCUAGGAUCGUCGUCUGCUUAUGGCUCAAACCUCGCGAGACCAUCUGAUUCUUCUUCUUCGGGACCAUCCGAUGCCUCGAUUCUCGAAGUUGAGCAGAAGCUAAGCGCCUUAAAGCUGAAAUAUUCAUCAUCCGCAUCAUCCGCAACGCCCGGUAUGAAAAACGCGGUGAAGCUCUACCGCCAUAUCGGUGGAAACACGCCCAAAUCGAAAUGGAUCAUCUCUGAUAAACUGACAUCGCACAAGUUCGUCAAGUCUUCGUCGGCGGACGGAGAGGAUCUCGACGAUUACGAUGAUGGUGAAGAAUCAAGCGAGCGAGGUGAGUCCUUUUGGGUUCUGGGCGUUGGCUCUAAGGUUAAAGCUAGAGUUUCGACGGAUAUGCAGUUGAAAAUGUUUGGGGACCAGCGUAGAGUUGAUUUCGUGAGUAAUGGAGUUUGGGCUUUGAGGUUCUUGACGGAUGAGGAUUAUAGGAGGUUCGUUACAAGGUUCCAGGACUAUCUGUUUGAGAAUGUGUAUAAGGUCAAGGCAACAGAGGCGAAUAAGAUUAAAGUCUAUGGGAAAGAUUUCAUGGUUUGGGCUAAUCCAGAGGCUGCUGAUGAUACUCUGUGGGCGGAUGCUGAAGCUCCACCGGAGGAAGAGGAGCUUCAGGGGAAGAAGGAAACGGAUUUGACUGAAGAGUUUGAAGAAGUGGCUAAUGGUGGAGUGCAGAGUUUGGCUUUAGGAGCUCUGGCGAAUUCGUUCUUGGUGAAUGAGUCAGGGGUUCAGGUUUACAGGAACAUGGAGCGUGGGAUUCACAGGAAAGGUGUGUGCGUGAGAUUCGAUUCUGGAAACUCGAGAUUCGCAUCGGGUUCGAGCCAGACGACACCAAACAAGGCGCUUUUGAUGAGGGCAGAGACUAAUAUGAUGCUGAUGAGUCCGGCUAAACAAGGGAAUCCACAUUCUAGCGGUGUGAAGCAGCUUGAUAUUGAGUCUGGGAAGAUUGUUACGGAAUGGAAGUUCGAGAAAGACGGGACUGAGAUUUCGAUGAGAGACAUAACGAAUGAUACAAAAGGGUCGCAGCUAGAUCCAUCAGAGUCUACGUUUCUGGGGUUAGAUGACAAUAGGCUGUGUCAAUGGGACAUGAGGGACAGUAGAGGGAUAGUGCAGAGCAUUGAUUCUCCCAUCUUGGAAUGGACUCAGGGACAUCAGUUUUCGAGGGGUACGAAUUUCCAGUGUUUUGCGACUACAGGAGAUGGAUCAAUCGUUGUGGGAUCGCUUGAUGGGAAGAUAAGGCUGUACUCGAAGACCUCAAUGAGAAUGGCGAAGACGGCUUUCCCAGGGCUUGGCUCACCGAUAACUCAUGUGGACGUUUCUUAUGAUGGGAAAUGGAUUCUUGGGACGACGGAUACGUACUUGGUUCUUGUUUGCACCCUUUUCACUGACAAAGAUGGUCGGACGAAAACUGGUUUUAGCGGAAGGAUGGGGAACAAAAUACCAGCUCCGAGGCUGCUGAAGCUAACACCACUUGAUUCACACUUGGCAGGGAAAGAUAAUAAGUUUCACGGCAGUCACUUCUCAUGGGUAACGGAGAGUGGGAAGCAAGAGAGGCACAUCGUAGCAACGGUGGGGAAGUUCAGUGUGAUAUGGGACUUGGAGCGGGUGAAGAACAGUGGACACGAGUGCUAUAGGAACCAGCAAGGGCUCAAGAGCUGUUACUGCUACAAGAUCUUGUUGAAGGAUGAGUCAAUUGUGGAGAGCAGAUUCAUGCACGACAACUUCUCCUUCUCCGGUAACAAAUCUUCUCCAGAAGCUCCGCUUGUGGUUGCCACUCCUCAGAAAGUUAGCUCCAUCAGUCUCUCCGGGAGACGACUGUAG